AGAGAGAGAGGGAGUGAGAGAGAGAGCAUCCAGCUCUCAGUCAUUCAUCUCUCGGGGAGAGGAGAGGAAACUACAACAGGACGGGAAAAGAAACAGUUCUGAGUGCGGGAAAAAAGGGACAAGUUCUGCAUUCAUCCUCUGACUUCAGAAGCCUCCUCCAGCUGCAGUUUUCUUUUUCAUUAUCAACACCCCAAAAUACUGCGCUGCUGCAAGUAUUUCACAUCGCUCCUUCUACUCCGGGGUGGGGAUACUUCCAGUUCUGCUCCUCCUGCGACCGAGGACACUUUUCCCUCUCUGCAAACUGCAGAUUGAACAAUCAAACUGCAAAAGCAGUGCCCGUCUCGAUAAGCAUCUCUCGCAACCUUUUUACGACUUGCACAGAGAGACAGGAGUGCUUCCAUGCAGCGUGGGUAAAGGAACUGGUUUUUAGGAGGGUGUAGGUGUAAGAGGAGGAGGAGGAGGAGGAGGAGGAGGAGGAGAAGGAGGAGGUGACUCCGGGAGGACGCUCGGGAACCGGAGCGCUCCUCGGAGAACUCCGGGAAGAGGACGAGGAAGAGGAGGGUGCGUCACGCUGAGAGAGAGAGAGAGAGAGAGAGAGAGAGAGAGAGAGAGCAUCCUCCCAGCCUUCUCACUCCCUACAAACACACACCCGCAAGACAACAGAGCCGCAGGAAUCUUAUAAAAUUACCGUGGAGGGAUAUCAUACAAGUAUUUUAGCAAAAAGAACCCCCUGCAGUACCGUAAAGUAAGAUUAAAACAUUACGAAAGUACGGAUCAUCACUGGGUUCCAUAGUCAUACUUCAAGCCGUCAAAGUGCUACUGUAGGGAUAUUUUAAGAAUAUCAUAGAGUUUGUUUAUCAGAAGCACACACACUCGCACACACACACAAACGGACACCCAGGACGCCGAACUCGCAACCACAGAAUGGAUCUCCCUCCAAUCAGAGGUUUAUCUGAUGUGCCGUGAGAGUUGGGAGCACCUUGCCCCAGCCCCGGCCUGCAGCCCUGGUGCAACCCAGCCUGGCUCACCAGGAUGGACCCUGCUCAUUCCGUCAGGGUGGAGCUGGACGGACUGGACCUCCAGCAGGUCCCUGUGCUGUCGCUCGACCAGAUCCGGCUCAUCCGGGCCAACAAUGACUAUGUGGAGAGGCCCGUGGUGCUGGAACCGGCAUCUCAGUCCGGAUUUUUCCAGUACCCCCAGCCUUCCGGCCACUCGGCUAUGCCCCGAAGCCAAAGUCAGCAGCAGCAUGCUCACCUGUCCCACCUGAGCCGUUCCAGUACCAUAAGCUCUUCCAUGUCUCGGACCAGUGCCACUUCAGACCAGCGGCUAUUGGCAGGUUUGACGCCAUCUCACUCUGGACUAGGUUCAGUGGUCCGUUCUCAGCCUAAAGGAGAAAUCAAGCCUGAUGUUUCUUUCGGUAAAGGCCUGACAGAGGAUGAAGCAGAGAUGGGCCUUCAUUUGUUCAUCUGCGAGCAGUGUGGUCGCUGUAAGUGCCAAGAGUGCUGUGCCCCUCGCCGCCUGCCUUCCUGCUGGGCCUGUGGACAGCGCUGUCUGUGCUCUGCAGAAAGCGCCGUGGAGUAUGGCACCUGCUUGUGCUGUGUUAAAGGCCUGUUUUACCACUGCUCCGCCCAGGAUGAUGAGGAUAACUGUGCAGACCGGCCAUGUUCCUGCACUCCAGGCCACGCCUGUGCCCGCUGGGGCACCAUGGGGCUGCUGGCACUCUGCCUGCCCUGCCUCUGCUGCUACCCCCCUGCCAGGCUGUGCCUUGCCCUGUGCCAGUGUGCCCACGACCGUGCCACACGGCCCGGCUGCAGGUGCAGCAACACCAACACUGUGUGCCGCAAGAUUUCCGCCUCCAACCCCAACCCCGGUCAUCCCUCGCUCCGUAGCAAGGCCCUGGAGAAGCCCUUAUGACAGGCCU